CUCCACUUUCAAAAUGUCAGGUGACGUUCCAGCUAUCUUUGUCACGUGACUCUACAAGGCGUGUCUCAGAGCUCUAUGAGACACGCCUUGUCGUCUCGGAACGAACGGACCGUACCAGCUAGUGCCACUAGUUGUGCGCUGGCGCCGCGCUGGCGAAAUUUAAUCCAUUGCAUGCUUUGUUAACUUGAGUUUGGCAUUAUCUUCGCCCUCAAUGCCAUAUGGUUUGGUUGACUUCCCCGAGAUCUGGAGAGAGUUGUGGAUACGCCUUUAUUGCAGGGGGUUAAAUUGGUAAGAACCAACAUUCUGAAAGGUUUCUGAAGAUUGGCAACUAAUAAACUAUAAACAUGGCAGCAUCCUCCAGAUGCAGUAGUACAGGACCAACUAAUCCAACCCUGAGUGUGCAUCCAGAGUCCAGCUUGUGUGAUGAGGUUGUCAACAUUGAGGCAAAUGGGUUGUCCCCAGGGCAACUGGUCACUCUCAAAGCUCAUGUCUACACAGAGAAUGGGAAGUACAGAUUUGAGUCAAGAGCUCACUACAAAGCUGAUGCAGACGGAAAAGUAAGAGUUCAAAAGGAACCAUCACUAGGAGGGAGCUAUGAGGGCAUUGAACCAAUGGGCCUCUUCUUAGCCAUGGAACCGGUCCCAGAGGUGGCCCACAAAUACCCUCGGUUGGUCAAAUGGGAUGUCACAACGCCUUUCAGUUACACACUUGAGCUCAUCGAUGGAGACGAAGGUCAGGAGAAGGUCCUCACCUCUACAUCGUUUGAAAGAAUGUUCUUAGCGGACUAUGUUGAAAGGAUACCAGUUAAGAUGGGCGAGGCAGAAGGGGUACUCUUCUUGCCUAAACAAAGAGGAUCAUCGGAUCCACUACCUUUCAUUAUUGACAUCCGAGGUCUUCUCACCAAUCUAGUUGUCGACCGUGCAGCCACGCUAGCUUCUCAUGGGUUUGCUGUCUUUGCCUUUGAUUACUUCAUGCCUAGCAGGCGCAAAAGUCAAGAGGAAACUGUAUACAUGGACAGUCAAGCAUUCCUUGGCAUCAUAGAUUUUGUCAAGGCUCAUCCCCGGCUAGAUGAGAACAGGAUAGGAAUGACAUCCUCCUGCUAUGGAGGGGCAAUGAUGCUUCAUGCUGCUACUAGACUUGAUCUGCCAGUCAAGUGCAUGGUUGCAGCUGGAUUUGUUGAUAUACUGUGUGUGAAUGUUGGAUGGAAAAACCUGGAUGGGAGUCUACUCGAACCUGCAGGCCCAAUGUCGAUGUACUUAACGACCUGGACAGAUGAGAACGGCAAGAGCUGGCUUACACUCAAGAGUGAUACGGAUAGUGAGAAUUUCAUCGAUCUUGCCAAAAAAUCGCAAAGCGCCAAUUUUUGUCUGGAGGAGAAUUUAGAAUGUCCAUUACUCUUGUUUGCUCAUGCGGAUGAUCACCAUAUCCCAUCAUUGAAGGCAACCACUGAGCUGAGAGAUCGUUUGGAGAAAGCUGGCAAGGGUCAUUUGGUAGAGUUUGAGCUACUGCCUGGAACAGGUCACUUUUUGGAGGUCCCAUACCAAGCAAUCAACACCAUCUCCAGCCUCUAUGAUCCAACCACACUUCAAUCUCCUAAAUUAUACUUGACUGACUUCGGUGGCAGUGAUACUAAGCAGGGAACGAAAGACCAGGUGUUUGCCUGGAGAAAAAUUGUGAAUUUCUUCAGGAAACAUCUUGACGUGAAAGAAAUGUAUCGCAGUGAUUGGAUCUCAUCCUAGACCGGAUGAUCCUCUUCUUAUUCCGUGUGUAAGAUGGUUAGUCUGACUCGUGGAGGGAUAGAGUUUUUAUUUACUUAUUAGCUGAAGCAGUGCCUGUACCAUUUAUAUCAUUGUAAUUGUUUUUAUCUGUGUACAUUGGGUAAUUUAAUUAUUACUCCUAUUAUAGUAUAUGAGAAUGAAACAUAGAUGGCAUUAGAACAUGAUGUUCAGUACUAUAAGUUCACCUUUCAAAAUGUUACAUAUUCAUGUAUGUAUGAAUAUUUUACAUUAAUAUGAUUAGCGUAGCAGGAGCCAGCACAAAGAUUAUUUAGUUUUUCCAUAGAUUGGCAACAAUAUGUAAUACUGAGUUUAAAAAAAAAAUACAUUAAGUAUAUUUUAGUCAUAAUUCUACUUAAGACUUGGGUGCAUGUAUAAACAAAGAGCAAUGUAGAAAGCUUGAAUAGAGUAGUUAGACUCAGUCCAUUGUAUAUAUAACAUCAUCGUUCCCUUUGUAAUUCAUUUUUUCCUUCAGAUUUAGUAUCAGACACACAAUUAAUAAAUACAAAUGAAUAAUAUCAAUACAAAUCUGGUUUUGUGUAGCCCCUACCUAAUACAAAUGUUUGUUCUAUUAUUGCAGAAAGUACAAAUGUGAUUGAAACAGUAAGAGCAUUGGAUAUAAUUGUGUGCAGUUCAUGCAUUCCAUGAAUAUUGAGUGGAAGCAGGGUCUCAGUGUAUGCAGCUGUUGGUUUGUAUUGACUGUCUAUCAGUACUACUUUAUAACAAGUCUGUUUUGGAAUGUACUAUCGUAAGUCAAAUAAGUAUAUUUAUGCAUUUUCUGCAGCUUAAGUCUGAAGAGACAUAGAUGACAAAUCAAUUUUGCAGAUUGCGAGAAGCUGUUAAUUUGAAGCAAUUCUGAUACUGAGAAGUUAUUUAUUUCGAUAUGUCAAGCAGCUUUUAGACUUUAGGAACAAUAAUGAUGUGUAUUUGAUAAUCUCAGUAUUCCAAUGUUUUCUAUGCCCAGCUGAAUUACAGCUUGUGUUAACGUUGUUGUUUUAGUCAUUGACUGAUUAAAUCGAUACAUUGUAUGUAUUAUUAUAUAUUGAUGUGUAUAGACAUGACCAGUUGUAAUGCUGAUUACAUACAUUGGACAUCACCAACAAAUCACCAAAUAUCAUAGCCUCACCGUACUAUCUGUAAACAACUCAGGCAUGUGUAGUAACACUUCAGUAUUAAAGUUUACCUUCACUAGGCAUGGUUAUAUGUUCAUCAUUUGAAAUAUUAAAUCUUGAACUUUCAUAUACAUGUUUACCAAAUUUGAUUGAGCUACUGUUAUCUCCAUAGUGAUUACAUCAUUUCUAAUGACAAAGUGUUUAAGCAUAUUGCUCUCACUACCUCAAUCAUUCUAUUUUCUAAUGAAAUUUAUGAGAAAAUGAUGUGUUUAAACAUGCAUGGCAUUUUCGUUUGUUUCAUUAUCACUGAAAAUUAUUAUAUUCUUGAUUGUAUCUCAUGUCAGUAUUGUUCAGUUGGUGUAUUGCCAUUUGGUAUACAACCAGUUUGUAUAAUGCCCAUGUUGUCUAUUAUCUAGAGGUCUAAUAAUUAUUCGAUGAAUAUUAUUAUUAUUUAUGAUUAAAUGAUCAUUAGACCAUAUGGAUAGAAGACAAAAUGGGCAUUAGACAAACUAGGAAUUAGACUGACUGGUCAUUAGACCAGAUGGGCAUUAGACAAACUAGGAAUUAGACUGACUGGUCAUAAGACCAAAUGGGCAUUAGACAAACUAGGAAUUAGACUGACUGAUCAUUAGACCAAAUGGGCAUUAGACAAACUAGGAAUUAGACUGACUGGUCAUAAGACCAAAUGGGCAUUAGACAAACUAGGAAUUAGACUGACUGGAAAUUCGGCUAAAGGAGCAAUAGACCAGAUGGGUUGAAGACAAAAUGGGCAUUAGACAAACUAGAUAGUAUAUAGUUAUUGGAGAUUAGACCAAAUGACUAUUAGCCUAAAUGGUCAUUAGACCAAAUGAUAAGUAGACAGAAUAAUUAUUAGACCAUGUAGAUAGUAGACAUGCUGGGUGUAGACCAUAUGGGAAUAGACAAUUGGGGAGUAGACUAAACAGCACUAAACUGUUCAGUUUUACUGAAUCAGGCUGCAGUGAUCUUAUUAGUUGAGAUAGGAAGCCAUGCGGAGAGGAAAUAUCAAAGUGAAAUAUAUAAUUCACUCACAACAUUCAUUGUCACAUGUUUUUCAUGCAAAUAAGUAAUAUCAAUUAAACUGUAUGUAGCAUACUAACUCUGUUUCAGAUUGAUUUUAUCAGAGAAUAUGGCAGCCUUCUUUUUCCUUGUAUCAUCUGCAUAGCGCCAGAAGCAUAUCAUCCAUUAACUUUUUACAUGGUACUUACAGCCUCUGUGGAAGAGACCAAAGCUUCUAGUCGAGGUUCCAUAUUUCUUUCGGCAUCUAGCUUAUAUCAGGUUAUGUCACAGGAAGAACUCUCUUGUGGCAGAUUUUUAACCAUGUACAUGUACAUUUUCAUAUUUUGUCAUUCAUUUAUUCAUGGAUGUAAUUUCUUUUAAUUUAAGUAUGCCCUGGCACCUCAGGAUGGGAUUGAUGGCAAAAUGUAUUAAAGUGUUGUUUGUUAUGAUUGAAAAAAUAAUUUAAAAAUCAUAUAUUUUUCAAAACUUGAUAUAUUUUUCUAAUGGACUAAUUACAUGUACAAAUUGUAACUAAAAAUGUGUGAUUACUGAAAAGGAAGAUUAUAUACUUUUGGUAUAUGUAUUUUUUUGAGGAGGGAAAUAUUUUAAUAAAGUAGUAAAACAUAUUUGGCAUUUGAUACUUA